AUGAAACGGUAUUUUCAUCACAUACCUUCAACAAGUGUAGAUGGUUCAUCUUCAACGGUUAAUGGUCCUACUACACAUGUUGAGCCUGGAGCAACAUCAGCACAAGUGAAUAUUGAAGUUGAUCUUCAACCUGAACCAUCUUCAAAAGUGGUUGAUUUAUUAAAUCUGCCAAGUGAUCCGGGACUACGACCUAACAUAAUGAGCUAUCCUCCAAACAUGAUCGAGCAGGUGCGUAGAGCUUACUUAUUAAAAGGUCCAUGUCAACCGCGUAAUCAUGAUUUUCCACAGAAGAUAGAGGCCAAUAGAAAGCGAAAAUUUGUUUCAGCUUGGUUUGAUGAAUUCAAGAUGUGGUUGGAAUAUAGUAUUGCAAAAGAUGUUGCUUUUUGCUUAUAUUGUUAUUUGUUUUCAUCGGGUAAUAGCGAAAAAGGACAUGAUGCUUUUAUAUCUGGAGGGUUUAGUACUUGGCGCAAGAAAGAUAGAUUGAGAGAUCAUGUUGGAGAGGUUAAUAGUGAUCAUAAUAAAUGUAGAUUGGCAUGUCAAGAUUUGAUGAAUCAAGCCCAACAUAUUGAGGUGACACUUUCUAGAGUAUCUAAACAGUCACAGAUUGAUUAUCGCUCUAGAUUAGAUGCAUCAAUAAAGUGUCUCCGCUAUCUCCUUAUGCAAGGAAUGGCUUUUCGAGGACAUGAUGAGUCAGAAGAAUCUUUGAACCAAGGCAAUUUUAUGGAGCUUUUGAAACUUUUGGCUUCUUGUAGCAAAGAGAUAUCUAAUGUUGUAUUGAAGAAUGCUCCUGAAAAUUUGAAACUUACAUCACCUGACAUUCAGAAAGAUAUCAUAAAUGCAAUUGCAGUUGAGACUACUAGAGCUAUCAUUGAUGAUAUUGGUAAUGAUUUUUUUGCCAUAUUAGUUGAUGAAUGUCGGGAUGUGUCUGUCAAAGAGCAAAUGGGUAUUGUUCUACGCUAUGUGAAUAAAAAAGGAUGUGUCAUUGAACGAUUUAUUGGUCUAGUGCAUGUUAGUGACACAAUUGCUACCUCACUUGAGAAGGGAAUUGAUUCCUUAUUUUCUACUUAUGGGUUGAGCAUUUCUAGUUUGAGAGGUCAAGGAUAUGAUGGUGCAAGCAACAUGAGAGGUGAAUUCAGUGGAUUGAAAACUUUGAUACUUAAGAGGAAUCCUAAUGCCUAUUAUGUUCAUUAUUUUGCUCAUCAGCUUCAACUAACAAUUGUUGUUGUUGCCAAAAAGCAUAUCAUUGUUGGGUCUUUCUUUAAUACUAUCUCGCGUUUAUGCAAUGUGGUUGGAGGUUCAUGUAAGCGCAGGGAUAUGCUUCGAGAGAGCCAAAGAGAGAAGAUUAUGGAAGGCAUUGCAAGUGAUGAAAUUAAGAUCGGAAGGGGGUUGGAUCAAGAAAUGGGGAUGAAACGACCCGGGGACACUCGUUGGAGUUCUCAUUACGGUACUCUCAUCAACUUGAUUCACUUAUUUACUUCAGUUGUUGAUGUUCUUGAGUAUGUUGGGGCAAAUGGUACCGAUGAUUCACAAAAAUCUGAAGCUAUGGAUUUGUUAGAUGUUAUUAGUCGAUUUGAGUUUGUCUUUGUGUUACAUCUGAUGAAGAAAAUUUUGGGAAUUACACAUGAUCUAUCUCAAGUGCUACAAAGGAAAGAACAAGAUAUUGUGAAUGCAAUGAGACUUGUUAAUGUAGCAAAAACUCGCUUGCAAGCAAUGAGAGAUAAAGAAUGGGAGAUGAUGUUAACUGACAUUUCUAAGUUUUUGUAG